GGGGGCAGCCAGUCCUGAGCGGGCUUCCUCGUCCCAAGGGCCGACGCCUCCACGGGUUUGGGGGGCCAAGUCCUCCCCCGCCUGCCUCCGCUCCAGUCCCCAGCUGUCCCGGUGGCUUCUCUCGUCUUGACUUCUCAUUUUUCCGCCCUCCCUCCCAAUAGAGCUGGCUCCCUGCUCCCCUCUCCACCAUUUCUGCUGUGGUUUGGGGGCGAACCCACUGGAUGCCUAGUUCUUCUAAGAAAGCGGGAAAGCUAAGGGGGCCCGGACCGCCUACCCCCGGACUUUUGGGACUAAGAAAAUCCACCCUAGCGCGUUUCUGGGCAGGAAAGAGAAGGCGAGAAAAACGGGGUGGGCUUUCUGAAGUUGGGGCUGGACUCAUCCCGGACCCGACGUGCUCCGUGUCUCGCCUUCUUUAUCCCAGCUCAAGACACGAGAGAAGCCCUCCUACCCCUUCCCCCUACCCACCCCCAACCUUCGUCCCUUCCUGGCAGGGCGAUUUAACAAAAGCCCACGCCUCCCCGGGACUUGGUUCCUGCCUCUCCCCUGGGGUGAGGGACGCGUUCAGUCUUAGCUCUGUCCCCCAACCCACCCACUUCCCAGGCUUGACCGGCCCGACGUGUUUCCUGGAGGCAACCUCGGCAUGGAUCUAAAGACCGCCACCGCUGCCCGGGAGACCCUGUAAAGCGGAGCCACGGUCACUGGGUCAGAGAACGCAGGAGGACCGUCCCCGAGCUCAGCACUUGGAUGUUGAGCCCACCCGCGGGGAGGGCCCCCAGACAUGGCAGAGAAUUGGCUGCGUCUCUCCGGAGCGGGGGCGGUGGAGGAGGGGGGUCUGGAGGAACCCAGCGGCCUGGAUGACAGCCUGACUAGCCUGCAGUGGCUACAGGAAUUCUCCAUCCUCAACGCCAAGGCCCCCUCCCUUCCCCCUGGGGGGACUGACCCCCAUGGCUACCACCAGGUGCCAGGCUCAGCAGCCCCUGGCUCACCCCUGGCUGCAGAUCCCGCCUGCCUGGGACAGCCACACACUCCAGGCAAGCCCACCUCCUCCUGCACUUCUCGGAACGCUCCUGCUGGGCUGCAGGCCCCACCCCCCGACGACGUGGACUAUGCCACCAACCCCCACGUGAAGCCACCCUACUCGUAUGCCACGCUCAUUUGCAUGGCCAUGCAGGCCAGCAAGGCAACCAAGAUCACGCUUUCCGCCAUCUACAAGUGGAUAACAGAUAACUUCUGCUACUUCCGCCAUGCUGAUCCCACAUGGCAGAAUUCCAUCCGCCACAACCUGUCCCUGAACAAGUGCUUCAUCAAAGUGCCUCGGGAGAAGGAUGAGCCAGGCAAGGGUGGCUUCUGGCGCAUCGACCCCCAGUACGCAGAGCGGCUACUGAGCGGUGCCUUCAAGAAGCGGCGGCUGCCCCCUGUCCACAUCCACCCGGCCUUUGCCCGCCAACCCCCCCAAGAGCCUGAGACGGGCACCUGGGCAGCACCCCUGGCUGUAAACGCUGAAGCCCAGCAGCUGUUGCGAGAAUUUGAGGAGGCCACGGGCGGUGAGACGGGCUGGGGAGCAGGCGAGGUGCGGGCCGGGCACAAGCGCAAGCAGCCCCUGCCCAAGCGAGUGGCCAAGGUACCGAGGCCCACCAGCACCACUCUGCUAAGCCAGGAGGAGCAGGGGGAGCUGGAACCUCUCAAGGGAGACUUCGACUGGGAGGCCAUUUUCGAUGCGGGCACACUAGGUAGUGAGCUGGGUGCCCUGGAGGCCCUGGAUCUGAGCCCCCCGAUGAGCCCAGCCAACCGAAGCAGUGUCGACCUGACGGUGCACGGUCACCACAUCGACUGCCCUGCCACCUGGGGCCCCUCAACUGAGCCAGCCACCGACGGACUGGACUUUGAUGAGACCUUCCUGGCCACGUCCUUCCUGCAACAUCCUUGGGAUGAGAGCCAUGGGGGCUGCCUGCCCCCAGAGCCCCUCUUUGAGGCUGGUGAUGCCACCCUGGCUGUCGACCUAAACGACUGGGCCAGUGUGGGUGCCUUCUUGUAAAAGGCUGGGACCCCCCCCUCCCCGCACCUCUGGACAGAAGCCUCAGAAUCAGGGCCCAGAACUCCCCCAGAACGGGAGCCUCAAGGACACGCCUCCUCUGAGGCAGGGGCUAAGAGGGGUCUUCUGAGGACGGGACAACUUUCCGGCUCAUGCUGCCCCUAGGCGAGGCUGCCCCCGGGACCUAAGCCAGCCCGACUGAGAGCCCGGAGGAACCAGGAAUCCCCUUCCACACAGUGUUGCUGUCCCCAGAUUCCUUCCUCCCCCCACUACCUCCAGAAAGCAGGCCCUCUGGGCUGGACGGCCCAGUUCUGCCUCCUCCCUCCCUUUCUCGGUGCACAUCUCUUCUUCUGUCUCUCUCUUCCCCAGGUCUCUAUCCAGGGAAAGUUCCCAGGUACAACAGAUGCUAAUUAGGUGAAAGCAAAUGAAAUCCCUGGAGGCCUCUCUCAGCAAGGCCUUCCCGGGGAUGGGGAGGAGCAGGAGGAAGGCUAGUAUGCAAGGAGGGGGUGUGAAACUAGAGCAGAAGUAAGGAAAGCACUGAGGGGGGAGGAGAUGCUCUCUGAGGCCAGUGGGGUCCAGCAGCGGCCUCCUUUUAGUCUGGGCCCCAAAUCCUCUUGAGGCAGGACAGAGGGCGCAGAUUGCAGACUUUCUGAAUCAGAGGCUUGAGCCUAGGGCCAGGAGGCAUUUGGGAUUCCCUGGCAAGUCGCCCUUCCUGGGGGGUGGGGGCAGCUGAGUUGCAGGGCUGGGGAGCAGACUAAUGUAGUGAGUGUAGCUGUAGCUAAGUGAGAGUAGGCUGAUUUAACUGGGAAUGGGCCCUCCUGGACUCACUCGGAGUCACUGGAACGAGAGCUCAGAGGGCUGGAGUAUGGGAAUGGGGUGUGGGCAAGGGUGGGGGCCCUGCAGCUCCCCAGGCGUAGGGCUGUUGCAGGGGCCCUGUCCCAGCCUGGGUCCCAGUGGACCGCAGCCCCACACCUGCCCAUUGGGGACAAUUUAACC